AGUAGAGGGGCGGAGCUGUGGGACUUUCCAACUUUUCCAUGGAAGAAAAAACAACACAUGAAGUCUGAACACGGAAGAGCAGAGGAAUAACAGACCUUUGACUCAUCCCAGCCCUGUCGUUCACCAGAAACGAAAGAGAGGGACACUUUCUCUUUCUACCAGCCAUGAUAAGACUGUCUGCAGAGCGCAGACAUGACCGCGGACACUCAGACUAGAGCCGGGUACACGGACCUGAGGCAGGAGUCCGGGGGGAGCGCGCAGUCUGGAAGAUGGAGCUCUUACUUUCUGCUUCUCAGUCUGGUUCUGAUCGUGGAAACCUUGAUCACAGCCUGUUUUCUGUUUGAUUUCGCCCGUGAUAUACACACUACUGAUGAAUCCCUAAAUCAGGGUCUGUACCCCACAGACUGUUUUUACCAGCUUACAGCUGAAGAUGAGGUGAAUGGAGGAGGGAUAGCCAGUUGUGAACUGAUGAAAAAAGAAUUUCGGCACACGGCCCACCAGAGAAUGCUGCUGGACAUCCAGAACUCAUUAUGGCAGACUUUAGGAGAGAACAACAUUACCCAGAUUUUUAAACCAGCUAUACACCUUGGAGCCAAGCAGGAGCUGAAACAGUACACACACAUGCAGAAAAUUGGUGACCCUGGAGCUGCUGCACCUGCAUUAGAGCGUGUAAACUGGGAGGCCUUGGGUGGACAGAGCAGUCAGGAGGGCCUGAUGCGCCUCAGUCCUGAUGGAGAAAUCGUGGUGCCACAGGAUGGGAUUUAUUUUGUUUAUUCGCAAGUUUAUUUCGAAACAGCGCACUCAGGACGUGACCUGCAGGUCAUCCAGUACUUGUUUAAGAGAACAGCCCUGCAUCCGGAGCUGACCGUGCUGGCCAAAGCCUCGGCGACUCAGUGUCUCAACAUAGAAUCCGGUGUGGAUCUGUAUUCCAGCCACCAGGGGGCGCUGUUUCACCUGCAGAAGGGUGACCGACUCUCUCUUUAUGUGAUUAAUAUUGAUGCUGUGCGCUUUUCUCCAGAGGCCACUUACUUCGGGGCUUUUAUAAUAGACUGACAUCAUCUGUGCUUCACGUCUGCAGGACGUCUCAGACAUCUCAGGAAUUCCUUUAAAGCAGAAUGCACCACUCCAGUCAACCCCAUGAUGGACAUCAAGUCAUCUAGAUAGGUUUCAAAUGGUUUUACCUGUUAUAAAGUCUUCAAGAGCAACACUUAUAACAUAUAAGAAUAGAAUAAAAUACAGCUCUGGAAUAAAAAAUGAGACCACUUAAAAAUGAUGAGUUUCUUUGAUUUGACCAAAUUGAAAACCUCUGGAAUAUAAUCAAGAGGAAGAUGGAUGAUCACAAGUCAUCAAACUAAGCUGAACUGCUUGUAUUUUGAAACCAGGAGUGACAUAAUAAUUUUUCCAAAAGCAGUGUGUAAGACUGGUGGAGGAGAACAUGCAAAGAUGCAUGAAAACUGUGAUUAAAACCAGUGUUAUUCCACCAAGUAUUGAUUUCUGAACUCUUAAAACUUUAUGGAUAUGAACUUGUUUUCUUUGCAUUAUUUGAGGCCUGAAACUCUGCAUCUUUUUUGUUAAUAUCAGCCAUUUCUACUUUUCUGCAAAUAAAUGCUAUAAAUGACAAUAUUCUUAUUUGGAUUUUGGGAAAAAUGUUGUACGUAGUUUAUAUAAUAAUAUAAUAAAACAACAAUGCUUAUUGUACUCAAACAUAUACCUAUAAAUAGCAAAAUCAGAAAAAACUGAUUCAGAAACUGAAGUGGUCUCUUCAUUUUUUCCAGAGCUACAUGUGCGUAUUUUUGAUGCAAAUAUUGUUUAUACUACACUAAUUAACUCAAUUCAAGAUUAUAUCUUUCUUGUGAUCAGGGGAUCACCUAAGAACAAAAUGAUUAACUGCUGUUUUAACAGGGCAUCGUUUUGACUUGUAAUCUGACAAUUUUACUACAUUUUUAUAUAUAAUUAUGAUGUUGACAUUUCAGUUUCUAAUGUGUUUCAGUUCACACCUCAUCUUAUCAGUCAAUGCAGUCAUAAUAAAAUGACCUAGAUUAGAAUAAAAUCUUUUCUUGUUGUUUAGUUUCUAGUACAUUGUGUUACUGAUUUGAACAAGUCACUUGAGGUCACAUGCUGUUCAUUAAUCACCCCUCACCUGGGAUCUCAUUUAUAAACAGGAGUGUACUAAGUACAAUUUUUUUGUUACCUUACUUUAGCAGAAAUUUAGGUUAUCCAUACUGGAGCAAUUAUUUCUCAGAUGACUUCAUUUCUUAUUCUUACAUUUUCACACAAUUAUUCCAACUUUCUUCUCCUCACAUUUAAAAAAGCCCCGUUUCUUUGGAGCUUGUCUUCUCAUCGUUCUAAGAAAACUCUACCCAGUUAAAUCUCUCAAUCUGGAUAGAGUGAGUCGGAUUGUUGAUGGAUGAGAAGUAUAAACAUGUUGGUUUAUACAAGAUUAAUCGCACUUGCUAUUUUGAUUGGAGGAAAUAGUCAUGUAAGGUAAUUUUAAUUGGAGGAAGGAGUCAUGUUAAUUAAUUGAUUGGGGAAAGGAUUUGUGUAAAUAACUUUUGAUACGAGAAAGGAUUCAUAUAAAAGUAAUUUUGAGGAGAGUGAGGUGUUUGUUAUUGGUGAAUGGAGCUACUUUGUCUAAGCCGUGUUUUAAUGUAGCAUUGAAAGUGUUUAAAUAAAUUAAAAAAAGUGAGAAACUAGCGCGCCAAGAAGGACUCCAUCAUUCCAGCACUUUCCCGAGCACCAGAUGGAGAUCUAUUUAAACCAUUAAACAUUCUCACGAUUAGUCUGGGGUGUGUCCUCUACAAGUGUGUAUUUUGUUUUAUUCUAGCCGUACCUUAUGACCACAGAUGUAAAUGUAAGGGUGGAUAGUCCUAAUGUUUUCAGGGCACAGGGAAGUCCCACCAAUCAUUUCUGCUGAUUUUAUUAAUGCAUUCUGAAAGUCCAGAGCUUACAAUAUUUUUUGCAAUUACCUCAUUGUAUGCAGUGUUAAAUUUUGAAGGCUAUAAAUGCUUAUAUACUUCUGCACCUUUAUGCUCUAUUUAACUGUAUCUCACCAUUAUCACAUUUUGAUUUAACAUAUGGCUGAAAAAAUAUUUUAAAUGACACUUUAACUUACCUUUAACAUGUUUCAACUUAUCAAAAUACAGUGGCUUUAACAAGGACAGCAUGCCAGUGUUUUUGUACCAAACCAUGUUAAGAAGAGACCAUAACUAAUGUGUGUGUGUGUACUGUUACACCCCUAAUAUGUGUAACCUGUGGCCUCUUGCCAUGUAGUGAGCCCUGGAAAACAGUGAGUAAUAUGCAUUUCCUUUACACAGAUAUAUAGAAAUAAGACCAAAAGAAAUGCGUAACAUGGAAUUGAUUUAUUGUAAGGCGUUUAGAAAUGUGGAUAUUUCAGAAAAUGGCCGACAAAUGAAUUUACUAAUCCUAUAUAAAAAGUACACUGGGAGAAAUACAAAAUAAAAAUAAGAAAAAUAAAUCACAAUAAAACAGAAAAAACAAAUGUCUAUACAAAAAUUGAAUUUUCCACCUGUAAGGUACAAGAUAAUGAAUCUCCAGAAGCAAAUCAAAGUGAAUACUCUAAGCUUAAAACGAACUUCACAAAAGAUACCACACACUUAAAAAAAAAAAAAAAAAAAAGUGUGCCGGAGGUACUACCAAUUCAUGGACUGAGCUUAAAAAUAU